CUAAUUUCAUGGUCAUAACAGCCUCGGAACGGAUUCUACCAAAACCGAAAACACGAGGCUCCAUGCUCAGCAGCCCUGUGACGCCAGGAGAGGCCAAUGCCCCCUCCUCGGCCAUUGUCUAGCAUAAGAAGGCAGUCUCUGGGCGACAUUCUUCUCAAGCAGGUGGCCCAUCUGCUGCUGAGCCCUCUGCGGGCGCGGGGAGCCAGUCCGUACCUCGCCGGCUGUCACUGACCAUGACCAUGACCCUUCACACCAAAGCCUCGGGAAUGGCCUUGCUGCACCAGAUCCAAGGGAACGAGCUGGAGCCCCUCAACCGCCCGCAGCUCAAGAUGCCCAUAGAGAGGGCCCUGGGCGAGGUGUACGUGGACAACAGCAAGCCCGCUGUGUUCAACUACCCCGAGGGCGCCGCCUACGAGUUCAACGCCGCCGCUGCCGCUGCCGCCGCCUCCGCUCCGGUCUACGGUCAGUCGGGCAUCGCCUACGGCCCCGGGUCCGAGGCGGCCGCCUUCGGUGCCAACAGCCUGGGGGCUUUCCCCCAGCUCAACAGCGUGUCGCCCAGCCCGCUGAUGUUGCUGCACCCGCCGCCGCAGCUGUCGCCUUUCCUGCACCCGCACGGCCAGCAGGUGCCCUACUACCUGGAGAACGAGCCCAGCGCCUACGCUAUGCGCGACACCGGCCCUCCCGCCUUCUACAGGUCCAAUUCUGACAAUCGACGCCAGAAUGGCCGAGAGAGACUAUCCAGCAGCAACGAGAAAGGAAAUAUGAUCAUGGAGUCUGCCAAGGAGACUCGCUACUGUGCUGUGUGCAAUGACUAUGCCUCUGGCUACCAUUAUGGGGUCUGGUCCUGCGAAGGCUGCAAGGCUUUCUUUAAGAGAAGCAUUCAAGGACACAAUGACUACAUGUGUCCAGCUACAAACCAAUGCACCAUUGACAAGAACCGGAGGAAGAGUUGCCAGGCCUGCCGGCUGCGCAAGUGUUAUGAAGUGGGCAUGAUGAAAGGCGGGAUACGGAAAGACCGCCGAGGAGGGAGAAUGUUGAAGCACAAGCGUCAGAGAGAUGACCUGGAAGGCCGAAAUGAAAUGGGCGCUUCAGGAGACAUGAGGGCCGCCAACCUUUGGCCAAGCCCUCUUGUGAUUAAGCACACUAAGAAGAAUAGCCCUGCUUUGUCCUUGACAGCUGACCAGAUGGUCAGUGCCUUGUUAGAUGCUGAACCGCCCUUGAUCUAUUCUGAAUAUGAUCCUUCUAGACCUUUCAGUGAAGCCUCAAUGAUGGGCUUAUUGACCAACCUCGCAGACAGGGAGCUGGUUCAUAUGAUCAACUGGGCAAAGAGAGUGCCAGGCUUUGGGGACUUGAAUCUCCAUGAUCAGGUCCACCUUCUCGAGUGUGCCUGGCUGGAGAUUCUGAUGAUUGGUCUCGUCUGGCGCUCCAUGGAACACCCAGGGAAGCUCCUGUUUGCUCCUAACUUGCUCCUGGACAGGAAUCAAGGUAAAUGUGUGGAAGGCAUGGUGGAGAUCUUUGACAUGUUGCUGGCGACAUCGAGUCGGUUCCGCAUGAUGAACCUGCAGGGAGAAGAGUUUGUGUGCCUCAAAUCAAUCAUUUUGCUUAAUUCUGGAGUAUACACAUUUCUGUCCAGCACCUUGAAGUCUCUGGAAGAGAAGGACCACAUCCACCGUGUCCUGGACAAGAUUACAGACACUUUGAUCCACCUGAUGGCCAAAGCUGGCCUGACUCUGCAGCAGCAGCAUCGUCGCCUGGCCCAGCUCCUCCUCAUUCUUUCCCAUAUCCGGCACAUGAGUAACAAAGGCAUGGAGCAUCUCUACAACAUGAAAUGCAAGAACGUUGUGCCUCUCUAUGACCUGCUGCUGGAGAUGCUGGAUGCUCACCGCCUUCAUGCCCCAGCCAGUCGCAUGGGAGUGCCCCAAGAGGAUCCCAGCCAGAGCCAGCUGACCACCACCAGCUCCACUUCAACACAUUCCUUACAAACCUACUACAUCCCCCCGGAAGCAGAGGGCUUCCCCAACACGAUCUGAGAGCUCCCAGGCUCCCCUCAAGGUUCUGCGAAUCCCUGCAACAUUUUACCCAUGUCAUGUAUGACUUUAGCAGAAUUCUGUCUCCUGCAUACACUCUGGCAUGCAUCUACCACCAGUGGCUUUCUAGUAUGAGUGGCCAAUUAUUUGCUUGCUCAGUUCUUAGUGGCAUAUCUUCUGUUGGGAACAGCCAAAAGGGAUUCCAGGACUAAAUCUUGGUAACAGCUCUCUUUUUCCCUUUGCUACAUCACUAUGAGGAUUCCUAUAGUCUUCAGUCUUCAUGAAUGAAUUGAGGUAACUGCAUUGAAGCUACUUGUUGAGACCCAAGCCUAGAGAGUAAACGUUUCACCUCUGAUAAGCACUUCAUAAUGGCUCCAAGAGUAAGCCUCAGCAAAGACUUCAGAGUGGCUCCUUUAGUUGAAGCCAUUGAGAAAGCUAUCUCAUGAGUUCCUUACAGCACCCUCUUGCAUUCCUAUAGCAGCACGGGACUUCAUUAAAGGGAAAUCUUGAGCCCAUAUAGAAAUACACAAGACACACAGUAAAGGAAGAAUUCCCCAGUUGUCAAGACCAUGUCAACUUAACACAGUCCACCUUUUGACUUCUAAAUGUGUCAGCUGCAGAGCACUAUACAUACAUUGUGGGCUCUAGACAAUUCUUACUUCCCAUGACUUGUGGGAACCAGAAAGUCAAUUUCAGUUAACACCCUGGAAUGAAUUAGUCUCCUUCAUGAGGGCUGUAGGGUGUGUUGAUUUUAAUUUGAUUUUCAUUUUAUAAUAGCCUUCUGCCCCUGGGGCUUGCAGCAAAGGCAAGCCUGUUCCAGGGAAUCUAACAUUCUUCAGCACAAGAUGCUAGCCUUGUCUCUUCUCUGAUGUGAAUUACCCUCAAUUGUUACCAUGUAGAUUGACCAAGGGCAGUCACAAUGAACCUGCAAGCUGGUGAUAAGUUUUUGGUUUGUUUAGUUUUAUUCUUGGGGGCAGGGAGGAAAUAAUACAUGGGCAAUGUCUGUGACUCACAGGAGUCUGAACAAGAAGGAACAUAAGGGAGAAAAGUGGAGAAUGACCUGGCCAGGGUAGCAGCUUCCUAGGGGUGAACCUCACAGGUCCCACAAUGCACAGUGAGACUGCUCUGGGAUCCAUGGCCUGGCUUCACUUACAUUUCAGGUAUGAUCCUGAUUGGAAGAGGUGACAGCAGAUACCUGUAUUCCUGUAGAUGCUCUAAGAACUUGGGGAGAGACAUGGGGGUAAGAUCUUGGAGCACUCAUGACUCAAGCUGUUGAGAAGUUGCUCAGACUAGACUGUGCUUGAUUAUUCAGAACUCAUCCAAAAACCAGCUAGUGAGGUCUUGGGGUGAAAAAUUCCUUCCUCAACACAGUUCAUGUUCUUAAGUUUUGUAAACCAGAGAGGAUGAAUGACCAGAAUUGGGUCAUGAGAGUCCUUUGAAGAAGGGGAUUAAAAAGAAAGGCUUACUCUAGCCACAGCCACUCAAGGCCUCUGGGAUCUUGGUCUCUCUAGUACAAUUAAGGAACACUUCCUUUUCCUAACUAAGAUGAAAGUUCGAUUUCCAUCCCUGACUUCAUGAUCUAUAAUUUGAACUCCAUUGAGAUGUGAUGGGUUAGCCAAAAACCUGGGUGAAUGGUUAGGCUUCUCUUGGUCUGUCCAAUUUGGAAUGGUGGGUUCCAUUAAUUUCUGCUCUCCCAGUUAACUUACUAUCAAAGAUGUGGAAACUGGGAGAGCCAAUUUUUCUUCUUCUUUUUUUUUUAAUUUCUCAUACUUGUUCAGAAAAUUCUAGGACAAUUUUAUGUAUCUGCUUUAAGACCAUGUUUAAGAACCCAACUCUUUUGUUUGUGUUUAAGAAGCACCUUAUAUAGUAUAAUAUAUAUUUUUGUUGAAAUUUAAUUGCUUGUUUAUCAGACAAUUGAAUGUAAUAGUUCUGUUCUGAGUUUUAAUUUGAUUGGGUUAACAUUGCAAAAACCAAGGGGAAAAUAUUUAGUUGUUUUUUUUUUUUUUGUAGACUUUUCAAACUACUGUGUCAUGUAUGCAGUUAUUAAUGCUUAAAGCCUGGUGAUUUUCAUUUAAGUGAAGAUCACAUUUCAUAUCAACUUUUGUAUCCACAGUAGACAAAAUAGCACUAAUCCGCAUGCCUAUUGUUGGAUGUUGAAUGACAGACAAUCUUAUGUAGCAGAGAUUAUGCCUGAGAAGGAAAAUUAUUCAGGGCAGCUAAUUUUGCUUUUACCAAAAUAUCAGUAGUAAUAUUUUUGGACAGUAGCUAAUGGGUCAGUGGGUUCUUUUUAAUGUUUAUACUGAGAUUUUUCUUUUACAAAAAUAAAAACAAAAAUAAAAAAAAACCUUCUAGGACUUUAGAUGAUGUAAUACCAGCUAAAUCCAAACAAUACUCUAGUGGAGGGUUUUACAUUAUCCCAUCUACUGUGUUUGUAUUCAUGUUAUGAUAGUAAGUUUGAAAUGGGCAGAGAACAUCAGACAGCUGAAGUGUUAGCCCACAAGUUUCAAACAAUGUUUGGAAAUCUCUUUUUACCCUAUCUGAAGUGCCAAUUUUGAGCAGCUGACAUCUUUCAGCUGCUAUCCUGUUGGGGUAUUGGGGACAUGCUAGAGAGGCAUACUUGUACUUUCCCCUCACCUGGAGAUAAUUUAAAAUUUGAAUGUCAUAAUCUACCCAAAGAGUCAGCAUGAGGUGGGUAGGGAAAUGUGGGAAUUUGAAUAACAGGUGGGGAAAUGGGAAUAAAGAGUAUGGAAAUUAUUCUGGCACCCUGAAUAUGCCCCAGGUUUCAGAAUUUCACUUCUGUCUGCACUGUAAUAAAGUAAUAGUAGCUCUACUGGCAGCCGUUUCCAAAAUGGCAGCUUGAGUUCCAAGGAAGAGUGUAGCAGCAGCAGUGAAAUCCAAAGAAAAAUCCAGCAUGGGGUCUGCCUAAGUUUCUUUUAGCCAUUGCUUAACUUACCGAUUUGAUUCUGGUCAUCCAAAGAAAAGACCCUAUUAAUGUAGGUGACGAAGUCUAGACCCCAAGGAAGUUGUGUCUUUGACAGACUUCCCUGGUAACAUUGAAGAUAUGAUUUUCGAUGCCAUAACUUAUGCCUUUGGGGCUGAACAAAUAAGCGACUUGCUGAUAAUUUCUCUUUAAUCACAUUGUGGUGUCCAUCCUUCAUUGAAAGGUCAUUGACUCCAGCCAUUGGUUGGGAGUUACCCAUACACAUACACCUGCAUGAAGUUGAUUAUAAAUCUCUUCCUAUUCAUACUUUGCAUCUCUGAGAUUUACUGUGGAUACUGAGAAUGAUCACUAGGACCAUAGUAAUGUCUAAUUUUCACAGCCAGACCUACUUGGGGAACCUAAGUCUUUUAAAGGCAAAUAGAGUCAUACAGUAGUGCAUAAAGCAACUAUGAUUCUCUUUGGUACAGAUCUUGGGAGUCUGAUCCAGCUUACACUGCACACUUCCUAGAUUAACUCUAUGAAAAUUUACUCUCUUUCAACUGGAGCAAACACAUUUAACUGUGGUCCUAAAUAUCCAUCUUUUCAUUAGUGUGAAUAUGCUCUACUUCUAGCUUCAUAACUUAUCCAUUUAAAUUAAAGUGUAGUCUCUUUUAAAGUCCUUUAGACUUGCUUUCUAGGUGAUUUCUGUCUCAAUUAUGGCACUGUCUCAAUUUUGCACUGUUUCAGAAACUUAAGAGAAAUUUUUAUUUGCUUUUUUCCCCUUUCUUUUACAUCCGAAUGUGCCUGAACUUUUUCAAAUAUGUAAAUGCUGCCAUGUUCCAAACCCAUCUUUAGUGUCUUUGUAUGGAGCUGUGCACCCUGGAAAUAACAUACAGUCCCAUGAGUAGGUGCCUAAGACAUGGACCCCUUUGUAGUCACAGAGAGGUCAUUGGUCGCCAAGACUUGAAUUAAUAAGUGACAUUAUGCCAGUUUAUGUUCUUUCACAGCUUACAAACAAUGUUUUUUGUGCACUACAUAUUCUUCAGUGUAGAGUUCUUGUUUUUUUGAGGAAAGGCACAGAUGCCCAAUUGUGUGUGGUGGAUUACUACAUUCUUCUGAUGCAUACUACUAUUGAUGGGAUCCCGUUUCAUUGCAGCUUUGCUUUGUUUAAUGAAACACACUUGUAUGCCUCUUUUGCACCUUGAAACAGUAACAAAUUCAGUGGGAUGCUCAAGCACCUGUAAACCAUCUUCUCAACAUAUUUGAUGUUCAAAUAAAAAUAAAAUAAAGGCAAUA